GACCAUCGAUCAAGCUUCCGCCCUCUACGCGUCUGCCUCUGCGGCAAGUCGCAGCUGCACUGCGCGGACGUCUUCGAGCUGCCCGGGAGCGCCGAGGCGUGCCUGCCGCCUGGGGCGCAAUGUUGCAGGGACGCGAACUUCCUGCCGUUCCUCCCGCUCGGCGUGGACUUCGUGGCCGACCCAGUGCUCGUCCCGAAGAGCCCGCGCAUGGCCAAGCUGCGGCCAGGGCAGCCCGUGGCGGUGCUGCCCUCGGCGUUGCCCGACGCCUGCGGCUUCGCGGCGCUGGUCGCCAGCCCCCCUGUGAAGCUGGACCCCGUCGAGGGGAGCGCCCUGCCCGGCUUCGGAGACGUCCUCCGCCAGAUGAGCCGAUGGAGGCUGCCGUCCAGCCAGCCGUUCAACCCGAGCGCGCCGCCUCGGUACGCCUCCGUCGGCUUGGAGUACGUCUGCCCCCAGGGCCACCGCUUCUUCGCGCCCCCAGCGAAACAUUCAGGCCUCGUGCUGGGCUCCGCCGCGCUGGCGCGGGCGUCGCGGCGCGAGAAGCGGAGACGGGAGCGCGCGGACGAGAGCGGCGGCGACGGCGUCCCAGCGCAGGGGGGCGCGGAGCGGCCAGCGGCCCUGCCCGGGCUGCUCGAGGAGGGCGAGUACGAGGCGGCGCCCCUCUGCGCCUACCGGCUGUUCGCGCCCUGCGCCAAGCACGGCCGCAAGGAGGGCACGGCGCGGCGCUGGGCGGAGCCGUCCUGCGUGGCGCAGCUGGGGCGCCUGUGGAUCCAGACGCCGCCCGCCGGCACGAACGGCGAGCUCAUC